AUGCCUUGGAGCAAGAACCAGUCAGCUCCGGAGCUGUACAGUUCUUGCUCCAAAUCAGAGAUGGAGCUAUUCUUGCAACUAUGUGGAUAUGCAUGGGUAGUGGUGCAACUAGAAAGUCCCUCCAUCUUGCAAAAUCAGAAGCUUUUUACACCUCGCCGGAAGAAAAAUUCGCCCAGGCCAGAAAUGAAGAAUCUGUUGAGGUCUUGUGCAGUACAUGGUUGUACCACAUACGCUGUUUGUUCAAAACGUAUCGCGAAUUUCAUGAUUAUUCAGUCUAUCAAUGUAAUCUUCUAUAGCAUGGCAGGCAAUUUCACAAGAUAA